CAGCCGCCGCCGGCACAGCCCGGGGGGAAAGAUGAGCUUGUUGUCAGCCAUCGACACCAGCGCCGCGUCCGUCUACCAGCCCGCCCAGCUCCUCAACUGGGUCUAUCUCUCGCUGCAAGACACGCACCAGGCCAGCGCCUUCGAUGCCUUCAGACCCGAGCCCUCCUCAUCCCAGCACCCCGACCUCGGCUACACCAAGAGCACCCCGGAGCUGGGCUCCUCGCUCAGCUCCAGCUAUCUCAACAGCUUCUUCCAGCUCCAGCGGAGCGAGGCUCUGAGCAGCAGUCUGUACAAGAGUGCAUCGCCUUAUGGCUCUCUUAAUAACAUUGUGGAUGGGUUAAGCUCCCUCACCGAGCAUUUCUCUGACCUAUCCCUUUCUUCAGAAGCCAGAAAACCCAGCAAGAGGCCACCUCCCAACUACCUGUGCCACCUCUGCUUUAACAAGGGACACUACAUCAAAGACUGCCCACAGGCUCGUCCAAAAGGAGAAGGCCUGACUCCAUACCAGGGCAAGAAACGCUGCUUUGGUGAAUAUAAGUGUCCCAAAUGCAAGAGAAAAUGGAUGAGUGGAAACUCCUGGGCUAACAUGGGACAAGAAUGUAUCAAGUGCCACAUUAAUGUUUAUCCUCACAAACAGAGACCCCUGGAAAAGCCAGACGGCCUGGAUGUUUCGGAUCAGAGCAAAGAACAUCCCCAGCAUCUGUGUGAGAAGUGCAAAGUUUUGGGCUACUACUGCCGCCGUGUGCAAUAAACCUUCGAAGUGGCCUCUUCCCGUCCCCAUCAUCCUUAAAAAUCCUCUGGCAGCAUGCGAUCAACAGCAACACAACAAAUCAAGAUAAAAGCUAAAAUAAUUGCCAAUAUUGCCUACCUAAUAAUAUGCCUUACCAUUAAUAGAAUGUAACAUUUUGCCUGAGCAUGCACACGCAUGCAACAGGUAUUUACAGGACUGAUUUGUAUACAUACAUAUAUAUGUAAAUUUAUAUAUAUGUACACACACGUAUAUAAAGCGUUACUGAUAGUGUUCACAACAGAACCGUGGUUGCAGGUUCUGCUGAUUGUUUACACAGACCCUAUAUCAUGGCCAGGUGAAAUGAAGGACUAUUCAAUAGGCAAGGUAUAAUAUUCACAAAGAAUAUAUGUUAUAUGUAUGGCUUUUGCAGAGGUUAAAUAACUGUGGGGCCACUAAUUGCAAGCACUCGCCCACAACAUGAACGUUAUUCCUAUUAUAUGACAAGACAAAGGAAGAUUAAACAAGCCACAGCAUAAAAGAAGGAAAAUUAUUGUUUUCCCAGUUUUAGAAAGUCUGAGAGUUUUGUGCUGCUGCUUUCUUGGACUUUUUCUACUUGUUACCAUUGCUUGGGCAGGGCUUAGGCAAAAUCAUUUUUGCAGGAUGUGGCAAAAAAAGUGAAUAAUUGUUUGAGGGUGUGGGUUGGGUAGAAAGGGAAUGCCAUAAUGGGACCCAGAGCAUCAGGGAGGAUUCCAAGAGGUUUUUGGAGGAGGCAAAAUUGGCUUGCUUGUGUAACUAACAGAUCCUUCUCUUGUCAUAUAAUCCCGCUGAAAUGGUCCCUGUAUGUGUAUGGGCUGUUCAUUAGGCCACAAGCACACUAAAUUUACUGUGAAUAAGGGGGGACAAGAAGACUUAACACUGUCCCCAAAACCCUUAAUUGAAAGAUUAGCCAAACUUACUAUUUAUAAUAGUUUUAAAGCCACUUUCUGGAAAUAUUUUUGUGUCCUGUUUUCUACUGUACAAAUUUGUUAUAAUAUAAAACUUGUUAGCCAUAGGGGUGUUUUGAGGCAUGGAGAACACUCUAUAUAACCUUCCCUCUUUAUGUCUUCCUGAAACACCUACGUAUCUGAGGAGAAAUGUAGGACUUAGAUUUUGUUGUCCCAUUUCAGGUAAAACUUUGUGCAGGGGCAUCCUGCUGCAACGAAGUAUCUCAUCAGGGAUUGGGAAAUAUAAUGAACUGAAAGUACCUCGAGACAGUAUCCUGUUUGUGUAUCUACGUAAAAGUACAUUGGCAAAAGGACACAACAAGCAAUUCACUUGCAUUAUUCACUAAAAAAGGGAUAAUGUUUGUUUGGGUUUUGAUUUUUAAUCAACAAUUCCUAUUUUUACGAAGUUUCCUUUAGAGAGAUUGAUUUGUGUGAAUGAUACUUAGUGGAAGUACUUUAAAUACUAAAUAACUUGAUGUCAAUUAAAUUUGUUGUGAGGGUUAAUUCCAUAACGCUAAGACAGAGGGGCUUUUAUGCCAAGUUAUAGCAGGAUGUUAUCAGUAUGUACCGUCAAGCUCUUGUAAAGCAAUUGAAAACUGACAGUGAGCAUUCGUAUAGGAAAUGUGAAGCUCUUCACAAAUUUGCUCUAGGGUGAAACCUUUGCCAUUUCCCUGCUUUGCUAGAAGCAGGGCAAAAUUGUUUCUGCUUAUUCUGGUGGAAGUGUCAUAUACAUAUCUGGCAAACUUCGUUAUUCAUGGGUAGCCCAAAUGAUGCAGCCUACUGGUCAGAGCAAUGGAUCAACAUUAGGACUCUUGGCUUCUGACCACAGCUCUUCCAUUAGCUCUCUGAUUUUGGAGAAGUCACAAGAUCCUUCUUGUUUCCCCAACUGCAAAAUGGGGAUAAUACUUUAGUAUACCUACCUCACAGGAGAGUUGUGAGGCUUACUUAAUAUCUGGAAGUGUUUUGACAUCACUGGAUGAAGUGCGCUAUGUAAUGCUAAAAUAGUAUUAACUAAAUUAAUCACUUCGAAACUAGUUUUGCCCAGUUGGCAAUUCCAUCAACUAAAAUAGCUGAAAAUAAUAUUAUUGAAAGUUAACACUAAUAGCAGUUCAGUUGCCUCAGUGAAGAUAAGCAGUUUUAGCAUUUUCAAAUGGAAACACAUUCUUUUGCACAGACUCAGAAAUUACCUUAGAGACAAAUUCACUAAACAAAGAUAUUAAUCUGCCCAUACAAAUAGAAUAAAAAAAUACACAGGCAAAUCUAGGGGUGGAUUGCCAAAGUUUGACCUCUAGUAUUAAUCCUGGUAUUUUGUUUCAAGCACAAGUAAUAUCAAAAGAGUCUCAUAAACCAGAUCUAUUUUUUCCUCUUGAGCACUUAAUAGUACACAAACAAAAACCGCCUUGAUGCUCCACAUCCAGCUAAAGGACACGUAGAGAAACCCCUUUAGAUGAAGAUAAGGGAAAACAUUAUUUUAUUUUCUCUCUGAAACCAAGAUGUUGCUAUCAACCAUUUUUACUGUGUUGAAAUAAUUUCCAUCUUACGAUAACCACUCAAUGUACAGCACACCACCAGGUUCUGAACAAAAGCUAACUAAGAUACCAUUAUAUGCAAUUGUUGCUCUUUUCGUGACAGUGCGUUGUUAAAAACUGUUUAUCCAGAUUCCACACUGCAUGGCAAUGCCUUUAACUUACGGAUUUUUAGGUUGUAUUAAAAAUAGACGUGAUCAACUUUAACACAAUGUCUAUAGGUGUAAAAUAAUAAUUCUUAAGAGGAUACUUAUGAGAGUUCAAUAUUUGUAUCAUUGAUAUUUUCCUAGGCAGCAGACAUACAAAGUAUUUAAGUAAUAUUUAGCAUAUUUGAAAUAAAGAGGAGAACAGAUUUUCUCCUGCACUCAUGUUGGGGAAAAGCAGAUAAAGAACAAAGUGCACAGAAAAGCAAGAAGCAACACUGCCGUAGUUUGUACUGCCUAACUCAGAGGCCGGACAUCCAUCCUGGUGCAGCUGAAGCAGCCGGCUUGCCUUGCCAUCCCUGCCAAAAGCGGAGUGGGGAGGGAGAGUGACCAGGGUUCCCUAGGGAGCAGCCACAAUCCUCCCUCCUCCCCUGCAGCUGAGGGGCUGAACUCCAGCUUCCCCCCAGCCGUGCGGGUGCAUCCCCUCGUUUUCUGUCCUUGCCGCACAGGGCUGAAGCCUCAUCUCCCUAACAAGCUGGUGCCUGGGGAAGCCUGCAGCACCAACCUCAUGCAACAGGAGCAUUCCUCUGUCCCUCCUUGCAUGAGGUUUACUCAUAGGAUUGUAGCAUUCAGCCCUGGGCAUGUGCUCCACGCUCAUCUGUAUAUAGUUCAUGGGUUGCUGGAAAAACACAUCGGCGUAAGUAACGUACAGUAGCUUAUGACCAUUGUUUUAGUUAAUGGCACAGAGGAGAAAUUUCUGAAUUUUUAUUUCAAAAAAGAAAAAAGAUUGGCUACAAAAUGUAAAUUUUGUCUCUCUUUUUUCCCCUCAAAGGUAAUUCACCUAUAGACCUAACUAACUCUUUCCAAAUUGGAAAAACCUUAAAUUCAGAUUUUUGACUGGAAAGAGGAUGAGUUGACUUACCUCAGAUUUUUCUGAGUGUUUUCUGAUGUUCCCUUUAACCAGCUCUGCAUUUAGAACAUCAGCUAGUAAUCCUUGAAUGUAUUUUUAGACAGUAUUACCAGAAGCGCAGCAGGCAUCAGUAAGAAGAGUUUCAAAUCAAUAUAGGCCUCCCUAAUUUGAGUAUUCUUUAGGGAUGUACCUGAAAGAAAUGUGGUUCUGUGUAUUUAUUUGACAAACUUGAUUUUUAACCUCAGAUGCUUGUGUUGCCUGCCUACCAAUCCAUCCAGCACACACUGUUUUUUUUCUUUUCCCUCCCUCUUUGGAGAUUUUUAAACUUUCAUUUAUUUCUUUAAAAAAAACUAAGCACAAUUUGUUUCCUCAAUCGGUCAGAACAUUUCACACACAAUUUGUCCCUGGCAUUGGCACUGCUCUGGAGAAAAGUAUCAGUGAUUUGAAAUGUGUGGUGUAGGUUUUUAGCUGCUUUAACUUGAUGCGGCUCCAAUGAAGUUGUUACAAAUACUUCAUUUAAUGGUGAUGAAGAAAAAUCCCUGUAGUUUAAAGGAUGGCCCCAUUUUAGCCAGUUUCUACUGCUGCUACCACAGACAUAAAAUGAUGCCACACAAGCAAAGUUUGAGGCCUUUUUGCCUCAAGGUUGCUUUUUAAUUUCAGAUAAAUACACAAGAGUAUAUAUUAUUUCUGAAAAUAGGUGUAUUUUGAAGUUCCCCAUUAUAUGGGACUUAGUUUUUAAACUGAAAAUGUGAAGUUACAUAUGUCUGAGAGAAGCCUUAUACUGAGAAGUAUUCUCUAUAUUUUACCUUUUUGUAUAACGUGAACCUUAGAUUAUACAUCGGUAGCAUACCUGUGACGCUCUAGCAGUUAUUCCAAAAAUAAAACUACUUAAAACAUUAAAAGUUAAGAGCUUUUGGAAAUGUCAGACUCCAUAGAUUAGUUGUCUUUGUCCUGCAGUCACAUAGAAUAUUUUUUCUCCUGGUAUGGAUCCUAAGAGUUGUCCACUGAACAGUAUGCAAUAAAUCAUCAACAUGUGUUUUUCACGUUAAGUGCAUUGACAUACAUUUUCCACUUGCCUUUGCCAACAUAUUUUAAAAUGUGAUGGAACUAUCCCCAUAUAAAAAUCAUUCUUUAAGAUAUCACUCCACUCCUGACUGGGUUUCAACCUCUCUCUCUUUCCUAUCUGCAAAACCACUGCUGUCCAUUCAGUUUGCUAUAUUGCUGAAGUGCUCAGAGGACUGUUUGAGAUCUUAGAUAUAGGGAUGAUGGUUUGUGUUUCUAGGAUGAAUUUCAAAGGGACAAUCGUGUGCAGUUAGUAGCUAUAGAUGAUUGAUAUAAAUGUUUACCCCUGUAUGAAGUAUUUUACAGUUUUACUUGCAGAUGUGUAUUUAUCUUGAGUUAUACUUGACAUAGAGUUUCUUUCAAUUUUUUUUAAUACUAUGUGUGUAUUUUGGAAACCUUUUUAGAUGUUAAAAUUUUUGAAUGGUUACAAAUAUUUCUUGUAAUACUGAAGUGUUAUCUUAUCUGGAAACUCUUUGCAGUAACUUUUUUGUAUAUAUUUGAGGGCCUUUUUAAAAAAGUAUUGUUUGUUUUUUGGGGAAAGUUUUUACAAUUUGGAAGCUUUCAGAAGGGCCUUCCUCUCAACUAGGAUACUAACAGAAGUAAGAGUUUUCUUAAGUAUUUUGCAGAACUAAGGAUGUAUCCUCAAGAAAAUAUUUAUGGAAGUAAUUUACUUCUUUUUUUUACAAUGCUUUUGUCUGUAUAAAGUAUGCAACUGAACUACAUUAAGAAGGAAAUAUUGUCUACAUAAAAUAUUAUAUGAAAGUUGGUACAUAAUUCUGACAAAAAACCUUGCAAUUCUUUAAGCCAUAUUGUUUUUGUUAUCCUUGGAUGAAAAUAUCAGUAUUAAGUAACCAAUAUAUUAUUCAAGUGCUUAGACUUAUAUGAAAAUGCUUAUACAGUUUAUUUAUGUGUAUUUGGGGAAGGAUUGCUAGAAAAAGCUAUCACUAGACAUAGAGCAAGUGAGGAGCAAAUAAUAGUAUAUUGUCACUUUAUGGCCUUGUGAGAGACAGAGAAGAUGCUGAAAGCACCGUCGAGACUUGGCUUUCAGAAACUCUGAAGCACAAGCAUUGGGUUUCAAAUGGUGGUUCUUUCCUUUCCCAUAACCAGAGGGGAAGACAGUUGGUUGGGACGCUGUUUGACAACUUGACUUUCACAACUCUUUGCAGACUGUGAGCUCAGCUAUGCAGUAUCGGCUACAGCAAUAAUAUCAAUCAAAGGAUGCAAGAGAAAAGGAUUGAAGUAGAUUAUUGUAGGGGUUUAUGUUUAUUUUAAUUAGAACUCAUAGCAAUAUAGAAUAUGCAUGUGCACGUAUUUGAAGCAUUUUUACACUUUACAUUUCAUGUAGUUUAAUUAUAUUAUGAAGGAUUGGGUUUUUAGUUUGAUAUUUUACCAUGCUAAAAUGGGAGGUCUGUCCAAACCUGUACUGGAUUCUUGUUUCCUUUAAAAGGUUAUUUAGUACAGCACUCACUGCAUUGUGUACUAGUGCUAAAACUAACACUGUAUCUUAUUAAUUUCUUCAGCUUUAAAAAAAUUAACCUAAUUAUUAUUACAUUUCUUUAGCUGUACCCACUGACCUCGUCAGAUUCAGUUGAUGAUUUGUAUAAUUUCUUUUUCUGUAACUGUUAAUAAACUUGUACAGCUAAAACAAACAAACAAAACCUAUGGACAAAGGCCUCAGAGGUACCAGUUCUGCUUCAGCAAUCAAGAUGACGGCUUGCUGAUCUGGUGGCUGUGUUGCUAAAGAGACUGUAAAACCUCUGUUGUGGAUUGUCCAUAAAAUGGCAUUCCGACAUGUGCCUUAUUUGCUGGAUAGUAUACAGCUUUCCUCUAGUAUUCUAGCAUUUUAAUGCUGUAUUAAAGUACUGCAAAAAAACA